UCUUUUCAUGAAAUUCUCUAUGAUUUCUGCACUUGACCUUGACUUUCGCGCAUCGAUGUUCAAUUGACCACGGUUUCAAGCAAUACGCCAUUUAUUCUUAACGGCGAGGUCACUGCUUUAUCUGUUCAACCACAUUUUAAACGAUACGACGACCUUGUUUGCGUCGCUGAUUCAGCAAAACGAUAAUUACACCUUAUAACUUGCCGGUAACUGGUGCAGAAGAGCUUCAUUCUAGCUGCGAUUGUUGCCCCGAUCAGUCAAGAAACUUCUGAAAAUGGUCAAAGCCGUGUGCGUUCUUCAGGGUGAUGCCAAAGGCACCCUUCACUUCGAACAAACGGAUGGUUCAGGUGCGGUGAAGGUCACUGGUCAGGUAUCCGGCUUACAAAAAGGAUUGCAUGGUUUUCAUAUUCACGAAUUCGGCGAUAACACUAAUGGUUGCACAAGUGCUGGCCCACACUUCAAUCCAUCGGGAAAAGAACAUGGUGGGCCAACUUCAGCCGAACGUCAUGUUGGAGAUUUGGGAAAUAUUGAGGCAAGUACAGAUGGUGUGGCUAAUGUUAAUAUAACCGACAAUCAGAUCCAACUUCAGGGACCAAACAAUAUAAUUGGCAGAACUCUGGUGGUUCAUGCUGACCCAGAUGAUCUUGGCAAGGGAGGCCAUGAAUUGUCAAAAACCACAGGAAAUGCGGGUGCCCGCCUCGCUUGCGGCGUCGUUGGCAUUACAAAAGCCUAAAUACAUGUAUUCUGAGACAAUACUGAACAAAAUAUAAUUCUCCUAGAAUUAUGAUAUUAUGACUGUUACAGUUCGGAUAUCAGUACGAAUAUCAUUCCUGAUUUUCCAUGAUAGAAAUGUUAUGUAUAAUUAUACUCUUUGGUACAAUGAUGUUGAAUCUUCAAUAAAGUACAUACUAUGAUAAA